CUCGGUAGCUGGUGUUUCUCAUGACAUUUCCAUCGCAUCGCUGAUGGCGGGUGCAGGAACUCGCCGUGAGCGCCGACCUAAUAAUGCUGGGUAUUCUGCUGGGCCAAUUCGCGACGUACAUCUCGCACGGGUUCCACCGCACCGACUUCCUGGCACUGCGGAUAUGGGUGGCGGGGCUGUUUGUGCUGAUGCUGUUCAAAAGCCUGUAUGGCCUUGCCCUGAUCCACAUCCAGGUGACUACGAAUUUUCUGGAUCUGGAGGGCGCGCUGCGACUCGGGGCGAGCACCGCAGCGGGGCUUGGGUACACGUGGGUCAUGCUGUCGGUGUACUACGUCGAGCUGUUCUUUUGCUGGAGACUGUGGACCUUAUCGAGGCGUCUGUGGAUCCCCGGCGCUCUCGCGCUCAUCUUCACCGCUGCGAUUAUCUGCGGGAUAUUCUCCAAUUCGCUCGUGGGCCCCAAGUUGGGCCACAUUCGCGAAUGGGACGCGGCCUAUCUGAUCGCUGUGUUUGUCGGGGACACUCUCCUCAGCGGGUCGAUCAUCUACGUCCUGCAUGUGAGUCGUCCUGGCACUCUCCGCCCGCGUGACGUGCACCGGCUCACAAAGCGACAGGGCCAAUCGCGACAGGUCACGCGCAACACCGCCAGCGUGCUGCAGCGCAUCGCGAUCCUCACCAUCCUCUGCGCGGCACCCGCGGCAGUCUGCUCGCUCGUGCUGAUCGUCAGCAGCCAGCUCGUCGCCAACUGGGUCAGCGGCGGCGGCGCGCUCGCCGUGGCCAUCGUCUCGGAGCACCUGCUCCCGAAGCUGUAUGCGUUUUCGGCGAUGUGGACGCUGAACGCGCGCAAGGCGAUCAGGGCGGAGCUGGACGGCGCACCCGGCUGGAUGAUCACGCAGCCGUUUCCGGACACGGACAGCAUUGGGAGGGGGGCUGAUAGGUACCCAGGACAGCCGCGCGGCAUUCGAAGCAUGAGUCCGUUGUCCGAUGUAUCUGUCAAGUUCGGAGCCCCGAAAUCGCCCGUGGUUGCGGUCCCCAUGGGGAGGGACGAGGUGGCUGGGGAUGAUGACGUACUGCACUCAGAGGAAGAGGGAGAGGUCAAGAGGAGGGAUAUAUGAGCCGUGCUGAAGCUGCAUAAUGCCCGCGUUUUAUCCAAUGUAUACAGUGCUCAAGUGCCUUAUAAGAAGUGUGAUUCAUGUAGACGGUC